GCCUCUUGGGAAAUUUAUAGGAAAACUCAGCUUCCUCUCGAUCAGGCAUCAAUAAUAACGACCUCUCAUACUCGCAUUGAGGAGCAUUUAGCCCAUACUUUGAUGCAGGCAUCGGCCCUUUCCCACAAUAUGGCUCUGAAAUGUACCAGCCAUAGGAGGGACCAUUUGACUGCAGUUAAAAAGUUAGAGGAUCUUCGCCGACAAUUUGCUGAGAAAGAAUCAAGGAAAAAGGCUCUGGUCGCUGAAAAUGAGAGCUUAAAAGGGCAGCUCGCCGAGCUUUCUGCUGAAUUGGAGAACGUUAAGGGCAAGGCUUUUUCUGAUGGUCGAAGGGAAGGAGUCAUGGCCGGCAGAGAGGAAGGGAUGGAAGAGGGCUACGAAACAGGUCGAUUGGAUGGUAUUUGGGAAGGCAGGUUCGAUCGCAUUCAUAUCGAGGAGCACAAAAAGGUGCUCGCUGAAGCUCGAUUCCAAGCUGCUCGUGAUUUUUUGAGGUCUGCGGCUUUUCUAACUGCGGUGGAGAUGAAGGCGGCACGCUUUUUUAUCGACGGGUUUAAUACAUGCAAGGCCCAAGCAAACACUUUGCAUGCUUUUGCCAAAAACUUCGAUCAAGGGCAGUUGAACCCUGGCUUGGAUAAAGACCUUCAGCCGUACACAGCCGUACACAGCCAUACACAAACACUCUGCGAGUUUGAUGUUUUGCUGGACGAAGUAGAGGCUAUGAAGUACCUGUCAUCGUGAUUUCCCAUUCCCCUUUUUGUGAACUUACCUCUUCUUUUGCGAACUUGUUAAGUAUAGGGGUUAGCUUUUAGAGGUUUAUACUCUUGGCAUUUGUAUUAGGUUGCAACUUGUCCAAAAUUAGAUUUUUGCAAUGCAUCGCCAUAUUUGACAGUUGUAACUACUGUGCCUUCUGGAUAUUGAGAAUUUGUAUAGCAUCAAAUUAGAAGCCCUUACAUGGAUACUCAAACGAACAUUUCACCUUAAAACUGCUCGUGGGAUUCUUAGAUCA